CUGCGAACAAGACCGUUGUGCCCCCUGAACAGCCGUUAUACAACAGUCUUCGUGAAACCAGGAGAGCAGCGCACGCGGGCAGCAAGAGAAAACCCAUCUCAGGGGGUCGACGGUGGAAGGGAAGCGAACCACAGAAAACGGGCAGGCACAAACUGGUUCAUUGCCCCUGGUACCUUUCGGUUCGCAUCUUCUUUCUUUUCCACUCCUUCACUUGAUACACAUCGCUUCACAGCAUAUCUUUUUGAGCACAAAAAACAACACGUCCACACACGUCUUCACGUCUUCAAGAAGUGUAUACACGUAUCUGACGCGACCUUUCACGAUGAUUUCAGAAAUCGAAAGAGGUUUCAACUAUACCUUGACUCGCGACAAGCUGGCCAUGAAUCUUGGCUCCCCACCAAGGAAAACAAAGAAUGUUGCAACACCUGCACCUGCACCUGCACCAUCUGCGACAUCAUCAACAACAACAAACACGUACCCUCCAGCACCUUCCACACCACCACAAGCACCUUCGUCUUACCCACCGAGACAUGAUUCCAGACCGUCCAGCGACAUCCGCGUCGCGAGUUUGGAGCAACAAGUCGCACACUUGACGCAAAAAGGCGUGGAAGCUGCCGACCAACUCGCCAACUACGAGGAAGAAAUCCGCAAUCUCAAAACCCAAGCGAACCCACGCGUAGACUCACCCUUGGGCAUCGUCGCACCUACACAACAACCUGCGCAGAGUUUGAGCAGAAACUCCUCCAUCACCAGCGGCAAAUUCAGUUUCCUCACUCGAACAUCCUCUCUCACCACCGCCUCCAAACCCCUCCCCAAGACCCCUGCUGCUUCAAAAUCCUCACCAAUGGCACCCUCACCUUCCAGCGCCGCUCUCACGGAUCUCCAACAAGCCCUCGCCAAAGAAACAAAAGCCCGUGUGGCCGCGGAGAAGAAAUACCAUGAAUUGGAACAAGAGCUUGAAGAUCUAAGCGCGACAUUGUUCGAGCAGGCGAACGAAAUGGUGGCAAAAGAGAGAAAGGAAAAGGCGAGAUUGGAAGAGAGGAUCAAGGUUUUGGAGGAGAGGGAUAUGCUGUCGAGAAAGAGGUUGGAGAUGGUGGAGGGCGCCUUGGGGAGGAUUGAGAGGGUGAGGAAACUUUUGGGCAGUGAGGGAUGAUGGAAAGAAGACAUGAUGGUU